UUCAUUUUUAAUAUAUUCAUGUAUUUCAGCUUGAAAUCAGAAAUGGAUCAUGAGGUUAACUGCUGUUUAAGCAAGACUUUUUAUCUUCAAAUUAAUUACUAUAUUCUAAGUGCUUAAAAUAUUGAAUGAAGUGAAUGUCAAUGUAAUGUAAAUUAUAAAUAUAUUACGCCUAACACUAACUAGGAGGGGUCUAAGCUUUAAUGCUAAUAUUAUUAAAUAUAUUUAUGUAUACCAUCUAUACUGUACAGAAAUUUAUAUCUAGUCUAGGCCUAGUCCUAUCUUAAUAAUAAAAAAUUGUUAGUCUAGAACUAGAAGUACUAGUAAUAGUAAUAGACUAGUAGUCUGUAAAUUAGCACAAGAAGAGUUGUCACUAGGUGACUGUGACUACUCUAACUCUGAGUACUCUUAGUCUCUAACCCCACACUAUUUGUAGUUUGUUCUGUUGACUGAGUCAAAUCAUUUCUGAUAGAAUAGCUGAGGACUGAUUCCUGAAGCAGAGUAGAUCAAACCAAAGUAUUAAAGUGAGAGUCAGAUACUACUAACUCUCUUCGGACUCUAAUUUAGUAGAACUGAUUGUUAAUAAAUUCAAGCUUAUCAUGAAAUUUUAAAAAUGAUUUAAUGCAUUAAUUAAAUACUUUCAAAAUCAUGGGAUAGUUAAGCUAAAAGUGAUAGAAAGCUAUUAAUUGAAACUUAACAAUGCUACAUUUUGAAUUGUGCCACUGAUUAAAUCCAAAUAAAAAUCCUAAACCCUAUUGCCUAUAUAAGAUCUAUUUCACCAUUCUCAUAAAGUUACAGCUAGGCUAAUAAUAUAUACCUGUAAUGUUAAACUGGUAGUAAUGAUGGUUAAUGAGUUAAAGAUCUUGUUCAGUUUUAACAAAAAUGAAAUAUGAAAUUAUGCAACAGAUUCUGAUAGAAUAUUGAGCAAUACAUUUUUCAAAAGUUUAAUGCAUAUCUAUGCAAAAAGUUAUAUAUCAAGUUAUUAUUUUAAAAAAUUAUGUUCAUUUUUAAGGAUCAAGAAACCAUUGAAAGAGUGAUUCAUCAACAACGUCAACUUUCCAAGUUAAUUGAUGAACGCCAAACAGAAAACUGUAAAAAAGUCAUAGAUGAACUUGCUAAUCCUCAAGUCUUAACCCUCUUUCCAAAUGUUCUUGAUUGCUAUUUAUACCCACAUCAGCAAUCCUCCCCUUUGCUACAUGCUAUUACAAAAGGGCAGCCUGAAAUUUCCCUCUACCUCCUGAAAUGUGGUUGUGACCCUCACAGUGACGUAAACCAAUCAAGAUAUGGUUCUUUAAAAUCCUCAGAAACGAAAAUGUCAAAAUCAUUAUUUCGGGUUGUUGAAAAAUCAGGAUUUGAAAGAGUGUUCAAGAAAAUUUUGGAAAAAUCUGACAAACUAAUUGUAGACAAAAAUGGAGACACAGUUUUACAUGUUAUUGUCAAGAAAAAACUUUGCUCCAUGUUUGAAAUUGUUAUUAAAUCUCGUUGGCUACCAAAGAUGAUAAAGCAUGUCAACAACCAAGGAUUUCUUCCCAUGCACAUAGCAGCUGGUUCCAACUUUGCACAGUUUUUUCAGAUUUUUUAUCAGUCCCUUUCUCCUUUGGAAGUAUUGCAAUCAAAUUUAUAUCCUGAUGGACAGGAAAACGUCUCAUCUUAUAUGAAUGAAAAUUAUGAUUUAAAAAUAUAUAUCCAGGAGGCUUGUAGCACUUUAAGCAUCAACACACAAGUACUUGGGAAAAAAAUAACAGCCCUACACUUAGCUGCAAGUGAAAGGACUUUGCAAAUGGUGCAGAUAUUACUUAAGCUUGGAGCAGAUGUUAAUGCUGUUGAUGAAGCAGGAAAAACCCCUCUUGUUGAAUGCCUGGAUCAGCGUGGAGAUAAAAAUAUCUCACCUUCUUCAGCCUCUGAUCUACUUCAAGUGUGUAAAGUUCUGCUUCAGGCAGGUGCAAAUGUAAAUGUCAAGAGUAAUAUAAGGUACUCAGAACGCCGAUCUAUGGCUAAUGAUGAUAUAUUAACACCACUUCAUUUAGCAGCAGGGAUUGGUUCCAGAGACAUCGUAGAGCUCCUUCUGAACAAUGGGGCCAAUCCCAGCCAGCUCAGUGGGGACAUUGGGAAGAUACCUUUACAAUUUGCUCUUGAACAGGGUCACAAUGAAGCUGCUUUGGCACUUCUCUCUUGUGACCUCUAUCCUUCAGGAUUUUUAGCUUCUCACCUAGACUAUGCUUUUAAUUCUCUGCUACAUUAUGCUGACAAAUGUAGUGCAGAAGUGAUAGGUAAGCUGGUUAAUCUGUCAUGUCCUUUAGAUCGGCCGAAUGUCAACCACCUACGGCCUCUAGAUAAAGCCAUAUCUAGUAGAAACACGCAUUUUGUGGAAGUUCUGUUGAACACUCAACCACGCAUAGUCAAUGUUCAUCUAUACCAAGACCCAGCUGCUUACCCUCCCUUACACCUAGCAGCCAGCUCGGGAAAUGUUAAACUUUGCCAAAUUAUUCUUUCUUAUGGAGCCGAUAUUUAUGCAAGACCAUAUGGGAAACACAGAGCAUACCGCAAAGCUUUCAAGUUCAACCGUUUUGAGACUGGCAUUUUUCUGUGUGAACAAAUGUCUCGUCCAUUCUCUAUUUCAGAGAAAGAAGAACUGUUGAUGCAGGAAAAUACAUUAAGAGUUGUAAGACCUGACCUGGCUAAGAGAUUGAAGCACAGACUUGAUGAAGUCCCCACUUUGGUUUUGUCUUGUCUUGAUGUUAUCAGGAGCGAAGUUAUCAAGAAUCACCUCAGCUUUAAGGGCAUUGAGACAUUACCUGUUCCUGAAGCUGUUGUCAAAGCUUUGAGAUAUCAAAACAUUGAUUGUCUGGAGACCGAACAAAUGACUACAGUUCAGAUUCAAGCACUAUCAACAUCCAUUUAUUGAGAAUAACCACUUAUUCAACAAGUGAUUAAUCAUAAUAGAGAUUGAUUGCAUUAUGUUUUUUUAAUGCUGUUAUUAGUGUUAUUAAGGGGGAUUAUAAAAAAUCCUCAUUUGAGGUAAAUUUAUGUUUAAUAGUUUAAUAGGG